AUACUCUGCGCCUGGCGCUCCGGACCCCAGCACUGGGCCCCAGCUGCUCCUCGCUCCAUGACCGCUGGACGCCCCGUCGGGUCCAGGCCGGAUAGAUGUCGGGAGCUAUCUUCGCGCCCCUGGAGGGCCCGGGCGCCCUGGACGCCGCGAGCGGCCACCCGCUUGUGUGCCCGCUGUGCCACGCGCAGUACGAGCGCCCGUGCCUGCUGGACUGCUUCCACGACUUCUGCGCCGGCUGCCUGCGCGGCCGCGCCACCGACGGCCGCCUCGCCUGCCCGCUGUGCCAACACCAGACGGUGCUGAAGGGCCCCAGCGGGCUCCCCCCUGUGGAUCGGCUGCUGCAGUUCCUGGUGGACGGCUCAGGGGAUGGCAUGGAGGUGGUGUGCUGUGCCAACUGCGACCUGGAGUGCAGCAAGCAGGACGCGGAGACCACGUACUUCUGCAACACGUGCGGGCAGCCGCUGUGCGCGCGCUGCCGUGACGAGACGCACCGGGCACGCAUGUUUGCGCGCCACGACAUCGUGGCCCUGGGCCAGCGCAGCCGCGACGUGCUCCAGAAGUGCACGCUGCACGCGGAGCCCUACAUCAUGUUCUCCACCGACAAGAAGUCGCUGCUGUGCAUCUGCUGCUUCCGGGACAUGCAGGGGGAGAGCCGGGCCCACUGCGUGGACCUCGAGUCGGCCUACGUGCAGGGCUGCGAGCGGCUGGAGCAGGCGGUGCUGGCCGUGAAGGCCCUGCAGACGGCCACACGGGAAGCCAUCACGCUGCUGCAGGCCAUGGUGGAGGAGGUGCGACGCAGCGCAGCGGAAGAGGAGGCUGCCAUCCACGCCCUCUUCGGCAGCAUGCAGGACAAAUUGGCAGAGAGGAAAGCGCUGCUGCUGCAGGCUGUGCAGAGCCAGUACGCAGAGAAGGACAAGGCCUUCAAGGAGCAGCUCUCCCACUUGGCCACUCUGCUGCCCACCCUCCAGGUUCACCUGGUCAUUUGCUCCUCCUUCCUCAGCUUGGCCAACAAGGCCGAGUUCCUGGACCUGGGCUACGAGCUGAUGGAGAGGCUGCAGGGCGUCGUCACGCGGCCGCAUCGCCUCCGGCCGGCGCAAAGCAGCAAGAUCACCAGCGACCACCGCGCCGAGUUCGCGCGCUGCCUGGAGCCGCUGCUGCUGCUGGGGCCGCGCCGGGCAGCGGGUGCCGGGGGCGGCACCAACACGCUAGCAGGGGGCUCGGGCCCCAAGGUGCUGAUGGGUCCCAGCUGCCCUUCCCCGGUGGGACAGAUGUUGAAGUCACCGGUCCAAAAGCCCACACUGCACCGGUCCAUCAGCACCAAGGUGCUGCUGGCCGAGGGCGAGGAUACACCCUUCACGGAACACUGCCGCCACUAUGAGGACUCCUACCGGCGCCUGCAGGUGGAGAUGCAGAACCUGAAGGACCAGGUACAGGAGUUGCACCGGGACCUCACCAAGCACCACUCGCUCAUCAAGGCCGAGAUCAUGGGAGACAUCCUGCACAAGGCCCUGCAGGUGGAUGCGCAGAUCGCCUCGGAGUACGCUUCCGUGGAGGGGAUGAGAGCAGUCUUUCAGGAGAUUUGGGAGGAAUCCUGCCAGCGGGUGGCUAACGAGCAGGAGAUUUAUGAAGCCCAGCUCCAUGACCUUCUCCAGCUGAAGCAGGAGAAUGCCUACCUGACCACCAUCACCAAGCAGAUCACGCCCUAUGUGCAUUCCAUUGCCAAGGUGAAGGAGCGGCUGGAGCCCAGGUUUCUGGCGCCCGGGGAUGAACGGUCAGAGCAUCCCCAAAACAUGUAUGACAGCAGCGUGAGUGGCGAGACCCAGGCCAGGAAUGAUCCCGUAAGUGUCAUGGACAAGAGAGAGAAGACCUCAGAGCCUAGAGGAAACAGCCGGACUCCGAACAGCCUCACAGAAGAGCCUCCACUGAAAAAUAAAGAUCCUCAUAGACCGAAACCGAGAAAUGGGGGCGACGUCCCCACACGGAGAGAGCGCCCCACUUAGCAAGUGGGACUGGUCCCAGGGGGUUAGGUGUUUUACAGCAUGCACAUCGAGACCAGGAUAUUUAAGAGAAGGUUGUUC